AUGGACCCAAGGGUUCCUGCGACAAUAGAUGAGAAAGGGGAAUCCAGCCAUGCGCCAUUACCCACGGCGCCGAAUACACCUCCAGCUGACGAUCACAUUGUCGCGGUACAACCACCCGCGGCUCAGCCUCCUCAGCACCCAAUCGUGCCUACAUUCUUUGGAGAGCUCGCAGGAACAGAUGGCCAGGCAUACAUGUCCUUGCGAAAACGCGUGACAGACGCUUACCGUUGGCACACAUACCAGUAUUGGUUUGUGGCCAUCACCUCGAACUCGCUCCUUUUCUUCCAGAUCCUCAUCGCAGCUUCUCUCACCGUGCUGGGGGCCUUCAAUGACCGGCGCGCUCGGACCGCCACCAUCUUUCUCGGCGCCACCAACACCGUUAUUGCAGGGCUCAUGACCUACUUCAAAAGUCGCAACCAGCCGAAUCGCGCCCGACAGUUCCGCAACGACCUCGCAAGGAUCGUGGAUCAACUUGAUGAUGCAGAGGCGAACUUCCGCAAUCCAAACCGCCACGACGACGUCUACUUGGUCAUGGAACAGAUCAGAGAAGCUUAUAACCAGGCGCGGACUGAUGCCGAAGUCAACUAUCCGGAUUUGUGGGUUAAAGGCUCGACUUCUCAAAGUUCAAAUCCUACGGCACGAGCAUCAACGAACCCGCGAACAACCGUCACCCCUCCUCUAGCAGCACCGUCGUCGGUGCUAGGAACGACAGAUCGUCCUGUGUCUGAUCUGGCCCAUGGGGGACCAAUAACAGGUUCAACAGUGAGAGUUCUAUAA